GUUGUGUAUAAAUUUAGGACUAAGGAAUUUGUCGGACAUUUAAAAAAUUAGAAGAAAGAAAGUACCUUAAAAGUGAAAAAUAAUAAAAAUAUUCAUAUUUAAGAAUAAAAUUAUAAUUUUAAGUGUUCAAUUUCAAAAAUAGCCAAUUGUUGAACAAAAGCCAGAAAAAAUAAAGAGUUUUUUUUAUAUAAUAUAAAACUUUAUUUGUAUAUAAUUAUAUUGAAGAAAUUUAAAGUGACAAACACGUAUAGAAAGAAACGAUAAUUACCAUGUCUUUGUAUCCAACAUUAGAAGAUAUGCAAAUCGAUAAAAUGGUUCAAGCACAACGAACCAUUUUAAAUGAAAUUGUACAACAAAAUGCACAACAGCAGCAAUCAGUAUCUAAUUUGCCGUCACCAGACAACAAUCAGCCAGCAAAAAAUAAUAUCAAUAACACUACUACUUCUAAAGAAUUAUAUCCUGCUUUGGGUAACUUUUUAGGAUUAGAAUUAUCAGAGGAUAUGAUACGCCAAAAUAUGCCAGAAUAUAUUCUUCAAGAAAAUGUAAUUCAAUCAUCAGGAAAUGGUUAUCCAGUUGUACCAAGAGAAAAUGUUGAUGGUGCUUCUCAUAGUGGUGUUAUUGCACCAUUAACUGGAACUGCAGCUAUAUCGUCACGUGCACAAGUUAAUCAUAAUAUACGAGAAUUAAUUUUAUGUAAAGAUGCUAAUGGAAAAGCUGGUUUAAGAGUUCAGGCAAUUGAUAAUGGGAUUUUUGUUAGCAUUGUUGUCAAAAAUAGUCCAGCAGCUUUAGCUGGCUUACGUUUUGGUGAUCAAAUUUUACAAUUAAAUGGAACAUUGGUAGCAGGUUAUGCUGCUGAUAAAAUUCAUAAAAUAUUAAAGAAAGCAGAUCAAAAUAAUAUUUCACUUGUUGUUCGGGAUAGACCGUUCGAAAGGACUGUUACUUUACUUAAAGAUUCAAGUGGUGGACUUGGAUUCCAAUUUAAAAGUGGAAAAAUUACCACAAUUGUUAAAGAUUCAUCUGCAGCACGUAAUGGUAUAUUAACAAACCACAAUAUUCUUGAAAUUAAUGGGCAAACUGUUGUCGCUAUGAAAGAUAAAGAGAUAACAAAAAUUCUUAAUGAGGCUGACAGGAUUGUAAAAAUCACAAUUAUACCAACUUUUAUUUAUGAGCAUCUUGUUAAAAAAUUGGAUACAUCAUUUUUACGUGGAAUUAUGGACCAUAGUAUUCCAGAUUUUUAAGCGUGCCAAAUUUACAUAAAAAACAAAAUCAAGUCAGUAAGAUGAGUCAUACGAUAGCGGGAUAGAAAUUUGUAGAAACGGUUUUAUUAUAUUACAAGACAGAAAUUAUUAUUUUAAAAUCGGAGUUAAUAAUUUUAUUUUUUUAUGUAUAAAAAUGGGUAACUAUAGUUUAAACCUGUAUGAAGUCCAAUAAUAUAUGCAACAGUAUGGAAUUCCAAAUAUACAUAUAGGUUUUAAUUUUACUUUAAUUUUUGAAAUAUAAGAUUACAUUUUUAAAAGAAUAAUAUAAAAUGUGAUAAACAUAACAAUAUUGAUUUAAAACGUAUAAGUUAUUAUAUGAAAAAUAGUACCAUAUAAAAGUUUUUGUAUUAAGCCAUUUAAACAAUUCGAAAGCGCCUUUGUGUCAUAUGUGAAAUUAUCAAAUAAAAUAUCGGAUAGAAAUAUUUACGUAUAUAAUAAAAAUUUUAUAUAUUUACUAUGUAAAAUUAUAAGAAACAGAUAAUUUUUUUAAAUCGGUGUAAAAUUACAUUAUAUAUAAAAUUUUUCAACAUUAAACGUGGAUUUAAAAUAUUGUGAUUAAAUUGCAUAUUUCAAUAUUAUACCAUUAAUAAAUUAAUCAAUAUUGUGAAAUUUUCUUUUUUUUGAAAAAUUAUUAUGCAAAAAAUGUUAUUAAAAUGGCAUUUUUUUUUGUUUACAACAUUUAACAAGAACUUAGUUCUGGUUCAUUCCUAAGGGUUUCAAAUUUUCAUAAUUAUUCAUAUUAUAUUAGAUAAUCAGUAUUCUUUACUUAAAAACCUAUUUUUCAAAUAAUUUGAUUUUUUGUGAAUAAAUUCUAUAAUUAAAUUUUAGUUUUUAAUGUCACAAUGUUUAUUUUUAUGUUAUUUGAAAAAUAAAUAUCAAAAAACAAAAAUGAAAUCAUAGUAGUUACCAAUAUUCUAAUGUAGAGUAGUUAUAAGUCGAUAUUAAAAUUUUUGUAUUAGAAUAUGUAACGAAAAUUAAAAGGCCCCGUUUUCUUUUCACUGCAAUACGCUCUGUAGUUAAUGAAAUUACAACGAUCAUUAGCAAAAGCAGUAUGUAUUUAAUUUAUAAAAAAUAAAGUGUUAGUGCAUGCAAUUUUCUUGUUUGACACAAUUGCAAUAAUUUAUAAUUUUGAUAAUUACAAUAACUGAAAUUUACGAAUUAUAUAAAAAAUAUUUUUCAAAAAGGAAACGAAAAUAAUUUUAAUUCAUAAGGGCUGAAUAUCAAAUAAAUAAAUGUAAUUAAUUAAAGAAAAUUUUGUAGUCGUACAAAAGUGCUAUAUUAUUUUUGGUAGAAUCAUAGUUAUAACUUGACUGGCGUUUACAUUUAAAUAUUUGCACUAUAAUACUAUUAUUAUUAUUUUGAUUAUUACUAUUAUUAUUAUUACUAUUUUUAAUGUAUUGUAGUUUUUUUACUGUUUUUGUUUGAAUUUUUUGAAAUAAUGAAAGAAACAAAUUAUUUUUCUAAUGUACUGAAAGAAGUUUAAAUCUAAAAAAACGAAUUAUUUUUUUUAAUAAAUAAGUUUUUGUGCGAAAAAAAAUAAUAUAUAUAUAUAUAUAUAAAUAUAUGUUAAUUGAUUAUACAUGUGGAUAUAUUGUAUAACUUUUAUU